CUUUUCACCCAGCCUUCGCCCCAGCCAUGUGGUUGGCCUUGCUUACCCUCGCCCUCGCCGUGCAAAAAGCGGCUGGGAAUUGUGACUGCACCGGUGUGGGUCCCGGCUCCGAAGGGCUGGCGCGGGGACUUCCCGUGGAGUAUGGCGUUUCCUGCGCCGCCUGGGAUGAUGGCGAUUGCUCCAGCCAUGCUUGUGGCACCCUGCAGCAAUGCAAUGAGCUUUAUCCCGAUACCACCGCUGGUUUGUGGUGUUGCAGGGCCUGGUGUUAUGUGAGUUCUUCUUGUACACUGGCAGAUGUGCAGCCAACGACGGUUGGGUCAAGCCCACUCUACUAUUCAUAUCAGGCAUGCAGCACAACUGUUUCCUACAAUGACACCACAUGCCCAUGGCAGCAGGAUGUUUCAUUUGAAGAGGCGUCUGCAGCCAUCCUUGUGGCCGAAAAAAUUGGUGACUUGUUCGCCGAAUCUGCAGCUGUCAACCUGGCGGUUACCAGCACAGUGGAUAGCGAGGAGGUGGCCGUGGUUGCUGACAAAGACCCCAAGCUGUGCCUCUAUGCGCUGCGCUCCUAUGGCGGAGAACGUACCUUCUGCACUGCGGUGCAAAGCGCGCCGGCGUAUUCCCUGGCGGUGUCUACUCAGUGGGUUGCCAGUGCCAGUGAAGGAGGUACAUCCAUUGAGUUUUGGCAGCUGAAUAGCACCUCCCUGAUCUCCUUGGGCACCAUGGCGGCGGGUGGCCGUGUGCGGUACCUCAAACACACUGCGCUGGGCUUGCUGGGCUCCAGGGAAGAUGAGAUGGUGGCGCUGUGGCCGCUGGCGGACCUUCCCACAGCUUUGGCAGGCGGUGAAACACCCGAGACGCUGGGGCCUUUCAGCUGGGCGCCCAAGGCCAUGGAGAUGGUGACCUUCGGUCAAAAGCAGGGCCUGGCGGUGGCCUCCUUCGCGGACAUCGAAAUCUGGGUGAAGUUGACGGGUUGGAGCAAACUCAGCAGGCUCAGCGGACAUUCACGGCUAGUCACCAGCCUGAGUUUCUUGCCAUCGCUAGGAUUGCUGGCGAGUGCAUCCAUGGAUUCCAAUGUGGGAAUUUGGCAUCAUCAAGGCGGUUCCUGGAAAUUGGCCACGCUUUUGUAUGACCAUAACCAUCCGGUGAAUGCCAUCGCAUGGAUCCCAUCGGGUCCCCUGCUGGCUUCCGGUGAUGAGAAGGAACUCAUUCUGUGGCGGCCUGCAACGAGUCCAUCCUGUGAGUUCACAUACUCCAUGGGUUAUUAUUUGCCUGGCUUCAACCGCUACGUAGUGGAAGGCAGGACGGUGGAUGAAUGCCAGUCGCUGUGCUGUGAAAAUCCUUGGUGUACCUCCUUCGACUAUGCUGAGAAGGGAGAUGGCAAGACCCAUGGGCCCAAAACCUGUUGGCUGAGCAGCGCCAGUGAAGGUCUGAAUGGCGGAGGUGGCCUGGAAUGGGACCCCACCAACAAUUACCACUACUACGAGGUCACCAAACGCGGCUCCCGCUUUAUGACGCUGACCGAGAAGAAAGGCAUAUUAUCUUUAGCACUUGCUGGUGGCAACAGCAUGCUGCUCUCCAGGGAUCUGGGGGUAGGUGCUGUGGAUGUCUGGAAAUUGUCGGCUUCAGUAUGCCCGGAUCGGCAGAUGGCCAAGGGCGAUGGUGCUUUGUGUAAGCUGUGCCCCCUGGGCCGGGCGGGGAAGGGCGGCCUGUGUCCGGUGUGUCGGCCUGGAACCUAUGCGGCUGAGGAAGGCUUGGAUGCCUGCACGCCAUGUCCCUUGGGCACCGAGAUGCCUGGCCUGGGCGGCGUCGCGUGCAGUGCCUGUCCUGCGGGGAGCUAUGCAGGGGAGCUGGGCACGGUGAGCUGUAUGCCAUGCAGGCCAGGAUACUUCAACCAGCACAGCGGCUCCCAAUCGAGCACUUCUUGCGUCGCUUGUGGCCCCAGUUACUUCAGCAACUCCUCGGGGUCUUCUAGCUGUCAGAGGUGUCCUGAGGGCACAGCGCAUGACUCCUAUGCGGUGUCUGACUCUUUGGCCUGCACGGAGUGCAAGCGCUGCGGCACCGUGGUGGCGGAUCUGUGUCCCGUCCCCAAAGACGGCCAGUGCCAGGACUGCCCCGCAGGCAUGGUGAAAACCAAGGAGGGCCCCAGCUGUGAAUAUUGUCCUCCUGGGGAGAUUCCCAAUGGCAUACCGCAAGGUGUCACGUGUUUGGCCUUUCCCCGCGGCAACUUCAAUGCGGUGAUCGACCCCAACAACCGCAUGUGUUGGCAACGCCCUUCAUAUGAUCAGAUCCAAUGCCCUUUGCAUCCCAAUGGCGGAUGGUUGACCACCCCGACUGACACCAUCAACCAGAAGUUCUUGAGCCUUUCUGACGCGGAGAACGCGAUUUGUUCAAACCUGCACUGCAUGGGAGCCAUCAUUGAGACACAGGAGAUCUACCUCCGUAUGAACGGUGGCAAUUGUAAGGUCGACUCCGGGCUCGAGGCGCUGUGUUUGUGGAGCAAGGACGCCAUCAACAGCGAGAUCGCCGCGCGAGAAGCGGCCCUGAGGCAGGCGGAGGAGGCCUCGUUGUUGGCCAUGAGAAAAGCCAAGUGUGAGGAGGUCUGCAACUGCGCGGAUCUUUGCACCGAGGUCACCCUGGAAGAGGACGCCAAGGAGGACGCCUUCGACGUGCUGCCCUUCAGCGCGGUGAGCUGCGAGGUGCACGGCAGCAGCGAUGCGUUGACGUGCCAUGCCACCUGUAAGUCCACACAGCCGGCGAAGACGGUGAACAAACCAUGGCAGUGCAUGGCAAAUAGCCAGGUGGCUGAUAUACAGGUACAAAUGAGCACUUUACCGCGUUGCCUCGCAAGCUGCAACACAUGUCCGGAGGACAGUGUCCAUGGUUCCUUUACCCUUUGCGAUUCACUAGGGUCACUAGGGGGGGCACAGGGGAAACCAUGGUCAGUGGCAGCUCUUACUAUGGCAACAUGGUUUGUGAUUUUAGUUCAGGGUAUGUCUUAAAAUAGGGCACCCCCAGUUCCCAUUGGUUUCCCAAUUCCAAACAUAAUUUUUCCAUGGAUUUUCUGGGCACCCCUAUUUUGAGACAGACCCAAGUUGAUGCUGAGAGAUUUUCAAUCGAUUUGCUGACCGGUCCGACUGGGAACCAGUCGCUGGCGAACACCCGAUUUUCAAGUUUCAAAGCAGUUUGGCAAAGCUAGCUCUUUGUUUUCAAGGAGGGCUGCAAAUAUCGGUUGAAAA